AUGAAGGCAGGCGCCAUGUUUGCUGGACUGUCCGCUUUGGCUGUGGCACUAACAGUGUAUGGGGUCUGGGACUACUUUUCUGCAUUUCGCGUGUGGCCAAAAGAGCUCCGUGAGCCACUUCGCGCUGCAGUCAAGGCCCAGCACGCUGGCAAGUGGGAACGCAGCGCAAAAAACUUUCGCACCGCUCUAGACAUCGCACGCACGAUCGAUGCUAGCAGGCUCGGAGAGAAUGCGCUGCUGAAGACAACUGGCAUAUCCAUUGCACUCGCCUCCGUGUUGGAAGAGCAGAACAAGUGGCAGGAGGCUGCUUUGGUGUAUGUGGAUGCGCUGGACGAAGUGCUUCAACCGCAAGCACAAGGGCCAGAAUCGCGCAUGGAGCGGCAGCCAGUGGAACGGAUGCGCGGCGUCGCACUAGCGCAGAAGAUCGGCGAGCUUGCACAGCGGAAAGACGUGCUCGUGCCGGUGAUGCAAGAGGGGCCGACAACCGUAACGACAGAACCUAGUGAAAGCUAUUUGGCAUGGAGCGUCGAAGAGAUGAUGCGUCUUGUGCAAGUGUCCGCCACUCACGGACCCGUGCACUUAGACGACCUUCACCUCCCCUCUUGGGUCGGUCGACAAGAUCUAGGCGCGAGCGUCGAGGCUUUGGGCGCGUUCUAUGCAGGCCGCAACCUUGCCGAAUACGCUGUGCCGCUGUAUGUACAGGCGAUAUCGAUGCUGUUACCGAAACAGGCUGUAUCGCCGCCUACGGUAGCAGACCGGUGCCGAGCAGCGAUUCUCAUGAACAAUAUUAGCCAGGCCCUCACGCAAAGCAACACUGAUGUGGACACCGUCCAACGGGCUGUGGCAUGGGCGACGAAGGGCUUGGAUCUGGCAUCUCUUGCAUCGUACCGAGCUGGUUUCCUGCGAGAACUGCCGGCGGACGAAGUGGCAUGGCUGCUUCGAUUCAGUGGCCUCGAUCCAGACAAAGUGGGGCCUGUUGCCCAGACAAUCGAGACUGAGUCGGAUGCACGGCUCGAGCAGGUGAAACAGCAAUGCCUCGGUACACAAUUCGUGCUUCUCUACAACCUCGGCAUGUUCUACUCGAUGCAGAAGGAUCCACAAACGGCUCGCACUCUUUUCAAGCGAGCGAUGCGUCAGGCUGACAGGAUGAAGUUGCGUGAGGCCCGAGCACAAUGUGCGCGAGCAAUCGCCAGACUUGAUCGCGAUCAUGUCUAG